AUGGUCAGGUACACCAGGACGACCGCGCUUCUCAGGAGGGCUCAAGAGUUCUUUCCCCACAGUUCUCGGCCUCCACAGGCCAAGUUACAUACAUGGCCGUCGCAGUCUCGUAACACCCAUACCCAUAUCUCCUCAUAUGCCAAGGAUUCCCUGAAAGCUGGAGUAAGAAAAUUACAAGAGGACAUAAAAGAGGGCGCAAAAAAGGAUUUGUCAACUUGGAAGAUUACAAAGUGGGUCGCCCCUGUGAUUAUCCUAAUAUUAUUUGACCGUACUUACACCAACUGGUACAACAACCAAAAUGAGAAGAAUCUCUUUAUGCCUUUGAACACGAUGUUAUCAAGGAAAUUGAACGAAUUCUCAAGCCGCCCUCUAAACAUAGCUCUUAUCACGUCGUUGUCGGGAACCACGGAACUGGGAAGACCACAGUGGUCCCGGCAGUGUGCUAGGAAAGUUGGAAAAGGGAUCAUUUAUGUUAAUGCCCCCCUUAUGUUAGAUGACUUCAUUGAUGAUCUUGCAAAAGCUAUUUCAUUCAGGGAUAAUGAAUCUUUCAUUGACUCAUUGACGCGGAAGAUUCUAGGCAAAAGCGAGUCAUAUGAACGGUCCAAGGUUUCUCGUGUCCUGAAUGCCUUCGACAAAGCUGCUAGAAAAUACAAGGCAAAUAAUGGCAAACCUCCAGUUUUGAUCCUUGACAACAUAAGUAAGAUGGGCCAGAAAAAUGUGAACAUGUUGGAGGAUCUGCAGGACAUCGCAAAACUCUAUGCUGACCAGCGCAGUUGCGUUAUUGUGUUUGUCAGUAGCGAGAGAACAGUGCCACGCAUGAUGAUGCAACGAUCAUCGUGGUCACGUGCUGAUAAAAAACCCAUUGUCAUCGGAGACCUAACUAAUAAAGAGGCAUUCACCUUCCCCCACGGCAAACUUGGCAUUGAGGAAAAGGUCGCCAAUCAACUCAUCCAACACUUAAGUGGUCGGAUUUAUGAUCCUAAGACAUAUGGUGAUAGGAUAAAUAGAGGCGAAACAUUCGAAGAGAUUCGUAAACCGUGCUUGAUGACGCCAAUCGCAACUUUCACCAGGCUCGAAUGA